AUGGUGUUAGCAGAUUUUUUGACAGAAACUCGGAGGAAAUGGUUACAGGCCUUCAAGCUAUUCAAAAGAAACAAGAGUAAGAAGAGUACAAGAAAUAGAGUCUCACCUGCUCUUGUGCGGUCUCCAUCAUACAGUGGCACGAUUGACGCAACGCCAGAAAUAAAUGUACAGAAUUUCUGUCCGUGUAGGACAUCCAUGCCCCCAGUUCACAUAGCAAACGAAUCUUAUGACAAUACAUACUAUAACACCUACAAUAGCUACGAUUCUCACAACGACAGCUUAAAAAGCUACAACAACUCUAUCUGUAAUAGUUCUGGCAGAUCGGAUUCCGCAUACGAAUCUACACGGAGCAGUCCAUCCCAUUCCAGGCCGGUUUGUUACGCAACCGUCACGUAUUUUAACGUAAACGAUAGUGAAGACAGUAGCAGUAUCCAUACUGAAUACACUUUGCUAGAUUACGAUCCUGAUGUAGAAAACGAGAAAGCUCAAAACAUGAUCAACGAGAGUAUUGAGUUAGUUAGUACGCUG